UUUGUCUCUUGGUGAUGCAUCACGUGGUGGUGGUUUCGGUGACGCGUUAUCCGCUGAUGAUUUCCGUGAUCCACCCCGUGUUGAUGGUUUCGGUGAUGCGCUGCCUGCUGAUAAUUUCCGUGAUGCAUUAUGUAUUGAUGAUGUUGGUGACGAAUUACGUAUGGAUGGUUUCGAUGAUGCAUUGUCCCUUGGUGAUGUUGGUGAUGCAUCACGUGAUGAUGGUUUCCGUCGCGCAUUAUCUUUUGAUGAUGUUGGUGAUAUAUCGCGAAUUGAUAGUUUCGAUGAUGCUUUGUCUCUUGGUGAUGCAUCACGUGGUGGUGGUUUCGGUGACGCGUUAUCCGCUGAUGAUUUCUGUGAUUCAUUGCGUACAAAUGAUUUAGGGGAUUCAUCACGUGUUGAUGGUUUCGGUGAUGCACUGCCUGCUGAUAA